UCUAACCGAGGCAGGUGGGCUGAAACGCUGCUGCUCUAAUUGAUUUUUUUUAAACUGAUAUCAUUUGAAUAUCUUAUUUUUUAUUAUAUGACAACAACGUACAAGAGCAACUAGACACCAAUUUAUUGGCUCUUUAACGCCGUGUAUGUUACCACCCCCCCUUUCCAUUUCCAAUAAUGGAAGAGCACCGGCGGUAUAAGAACAGCGGGCCGGGCUAGGGAGCGGUGUAGUUUGAUUCGAAGUUGACGAAGCGGUAAAGGUGCAUUUAUAGGCGAAGAAAAACAAAAAACUUAAAAAAAAAACAAACAAACAACAAAACAACCUAAUAUCACAAUGGCGUGGAAUGCAAUGGAAAUUAACCCUGAGAUGCUGAGCCAAGUGCUAUGUAAAUGGGGCGUCGCCUCCUCUUGGCGCGUGGUCGAUGUGGUUGGCUUCGAUGACGAAGCGCUAUCUGCUGUGCCAAAGCCCUGCUGCGCAGUGAUGCUGCUGCUGCCUCUAACUGAACAGCAUGAGAGUUUCAGAAAAAAGCAGUCUGAGGAAUUGGGUGGCAAGGAAGUACCUGGUGUCUAUUUUCUAAAGCAAACCAUUGUCAACUCUUGUGCUACUGUUGGGCUUCUCCAUGCAGUUGCAAAUAAUCAAGACAACCUUGAAUUUGUGGAAGGAUCUGUAAUAAAGAAGUUCCUUGAUAAAACAUCAGGCAUGUCUCCAGAUGAGAGAGCCAAGCACCUUCAGGAAAAUAAGGAUAUACGUGCUGUCCAUGAUGAAGUGGCAGCUACUGGCCAAUGUCGGGUUGAAGAUGAUAAGCUGAAUUUCCACUUAAUUACUUUUACCAAAGUUAACAACCACCUGUAUGAGCUAGAUGGAAGAAUGAAUUGUCCAGUUAAUCAAGGAAACACCGAAGAUGGCUCUUUCAUCAUGGAUGUAGCCAAAAUUUGCAAGCAGUUCACAGAACGAGAAAAAGGAGAAGUUCGUUUUUCUGCUGUGGCUUUGGCCAAAUGUUAAUUUUUUUUUUUUUUAAAUUGCUUAUUGUUCAAAUUCUGAAUUGCAAGGGCUUGUUCUGUUAGUUGAAUAUUUCAACACCUGAGCUUCUACUUACAGCCAGCGUAUGUUCAUAGAAAGGAUUCCCAUUGUUUUCUUGUCAUACAGCCAUCAUUGGUUUGUAUGGAUGAUGGUUCUACAGUUGGUAGUUGGAGUUGUUUAAGCCUUGAGUGUUAGACUUAAAGACCUGGCAGCAUUAGAGUUCAGCAAAAUGUGUUCUGUUGCAAUUUGCCUUCUCUUUCUGAGCAUCAAUAGCACUUUGUAAAGCACUUUGUACUUGUCUGUAUAGAAGUAUUGUCAACAUGCUUUGCACUGUUUGCGAAUAGUUACUGCUGUAACUUUUUUAGUGCUGAGCUUUCGGGGAAAAUAAACAUUCACCUUUUUGUCUGAAA